AUGAUUGAUCUGUCCUUGCUCAACGGUUGCAAAAUUCUGCAAGACCUUCGAAUAGAAAAUAUAGCGCGGGGAGGCGACAUAGCCCACGCCAUACCCGUGCGAUCCACACUCCCCAACAUAGCUGAUGACGGCGCCCGAUACUCGACCUCUAUGCCAAAGGCAUCAUCUCGGGUGCUGACGGAUAUAGCCUUGGAGUUCGCUGCAGUCUCGCCAAGAAUACGGGAAGGAGCAUACCAAUAUGUGUAUGGUCUUUCCAAUAACGGCGGGAAGCAGUUUAACGGUAGUAUUGAAAAGCGGAUGUAG